AUGCGCUUCGCAUCUUCAUUCCUGGCCGCUGGCCUGGCCGCUCUUUGCCUGGCCUCGCCCGUCACACAAGCCGUCCGAGCAAUCAGCCAACUACCCCGGCUAAUCGUCUACUUCCAAACCACGCACGACUCCAACGGCAACCCAAUCUCCAUGCUUCCCCUCGUCAACGAAAAGGGCAUCGCGCUAACCCACCUCAUCGUCUGCUCCCUUCACGUCAACGAAAACGGCCGGAUACACCUCAACGACUACCCGCCCUCCGAUCCGCGCUUCUACACCCUCUGGAAUGAGACGCAGGUCCUCAAGAGCGCCGGCGUCAAGGUAAUGGGCAUGGUUGGCGGCGCCGCGCGCGGAUCCUUCGGCAACGGCACGCUGGACGGCAACCCGGCCACUUUCGCCAAGUACUACGGCCAGCUGUGCGACGUGAUUCGCAGGUUCGCGCUCGACGGGCUGGACAUGGACGUCGAGCAGGCCAUGAGCCAGGCCGGCAUUGAGCGGCUGAUUGAGCGGCUGCGCGCCGACUUUGGCGCCGGCUUCAUCGUCUCCCUGGCGCCGGUGGCUUCCGCCCUCAGCAACGGCGCGAACCUGAGCGGCUUCAACUACAAGACGCUGGAUUCGCGCAUGGGGUCCAAGAUUGACUUCUACAAUGCCCAGUUCUACAGCGGCUUCGGCAGCAUGGACAGCCCGACGGGCUACGACAAGAUUGUGUCAAACGGCUUCCAGGCCUCGCGAGUCGUGGCCGGCCAGCUCACUUCGCCGAGAAACGGGCGCGGGUACAUUCCCUACACCCAGCUGAACGCUACCGUCGUGUCGUUGCGCAAGAGGUACGGCCAGAUCGGAGGCAUCAUGGGCUGGGAGUAUUUCAACAGCCUCCCCGGGGGCACUUCUGAGCCGUGGAAGUGGGCGCAAGUCAUGACGGAGAUUCUGCGACCUAAUCUGGUGCCUGCUCUCACCAUCACAGAGGCGAUUGCCGACCGGCUUACGCAGGCCUACGGCUCGAGUUGUCUGUCCCGGCGCAGGGCGACGGAGCUGGGCCAGGAAGCUCCAGCUGUCGACUACUACGCCAUGAUUAAUGCGUGA